AUGUUUACCGGAAGCAUAUACUACCAUUCGAUUAUGCCCGCUCAAGUGGUCACUACGGGCUGGGAUAAGCUCCCUCGCGAGAUCGACCUGAUGAUUUUCAAGGAGCUUUCAGAUCUGGACACCGAAGCAAAGGACCUCGAUGGCAAGCAUGGUAUCUUUGGCGCUGGCGGUGAUCUAACCUUGGGGUCUAUGUGGACGGCGUGGAAAGGGAUCAUAUCCUACUGCCUGGUCUGCAGGUCCUGGAAUACCGGAUUACGCGUUACCAUUAUCGAGGGCCGUUCGAUCCGCACCAUAUUGAAUCUUGCAUCGGAGGAUAUGGGUUUGGCUGCCGUAGCAAGACUGAUACGGACGACAGAGACUAAGAUAGAGCAGUGGACCUUGGAGCAAUUCGCCAGGUACACCUUGCGGAGAAACUAUCUACGCUGCACGGAGAUGCUACUGGAGGAAAUGGAUGAGGAUCGGCCAGACAUUAGUCUUUUGGAUAUAGCCGUGAAAAAGGGAAACAUCGCUGCGGUCAGGUUACUCCUCGAUUACGGCGUGGAAAAUGGAUGGCCGGGGCUUGACUGGCAUAGCUGGUCAAUGGAAACCCCACUGGCAGAUGCAGUACACGACGGGAAGAUUGCUAUUGUGCAGGAGCUUCUGGAAGGAGGAGCGUCUGUCUUUUUUACCUAUAACUACCUCGAUGGCCUGCAGGACGUAAGUAACGCUGGGGGCGAUGGAGCCUUGAUUCGGCUCCUCGUUCAGUAUGGGCUUGCGAUAGACGAUACGCGGUACAAGAUGUAUGGAGGGCGGGAUGACUGGGCGGGCAAAGAUGGUGAAGAAGCUGAUCCAGCCAACGCUGGGUGGUCGCUAAACUGGCACCCACUGGAGAUGGCGAUCUGUCAGGAUGCUGUCUCUGCCGCUGAGGCAAUACUAAGCUAUGAUAAAACUCGACUUGUGGAUAUAGCUCGGGCUUAUAAGGAGGCCAGGAGUAAGAAGAUGAGACAGCUGCUCGAGUCGUAUAUGCAACGCGCGAUCGCUCGUUGUCAAAUCUAA